AAUCUGGCUAUUUUGAAAUGGUUGGGAUAGGCCAUAACAACCACCCAGCAAGGCGUUGUGCUACUAUGGGAAAAUACCGAACCGAACCGAGAAUAAAAACGGUUUAAGUGUAGUUUUUGGUCGAGGUAAAUGCUAGAAAUUCGCAUGGAAAGUCGAUGCAAGUGGAAAUUAUCGCAUAUUAGAGAUCAAAUGUGGACGUUGACGUCGAGCCGUGCAAAAUGAGCAGAGUUGGAAAAAGAAGGUGUUGAGCUGCAUUUUUUUUCUCUCUCUGCCAGAUACAACUUGGGUCGGAGUACUGUCUAAACUACAAGGUGAUACGAAGAAAAAUAAUGCCCCUAAAGCGCUCCACUUUCUGGUAUGGCCGGCUCAGCUCGGGGCUCUGAGGAUGCUUCAGAGGAUCCGUGCCUGACCCACAACUAAGGAUUGAGAGGAAUACAUGGUCUGAGCAGAAUGACUCAGCGAGAGGGGGGACCCCCAAAUAGCAAGUGAAGACAAGUGAGGAUGGGUGCCAAUGGAUCCAGCUAUCCACACUCAUGCUCCCCACGCAUAGGGGGUAAUGCACAGGCACAGCAGACGUUUAUAGGGACCUCAUCCUACUCUCAGCAGGGAUAUGGCUGGGAGUCUAAGCUAUACAGCCUGGAGCACGGCCAUGAGCGGCCCACAGACAGGAAGAAGAAGAGCCUUGGUCUGGCGACCCUCAAACGGAGGUUCAUCAAAAGGAGGAAGUCUAGCCGCUCAGCAGAUCAUGCGCGGCAGAUGCGGGAGCUUUUGUCAUGUUGGGACGUUCGAGACACAAAUGCCCUGGUGGAGGAAUAUGAGGGCACAGCGGCGCUCAAGGAGCUAAGCUUUCAGGCCAGCCUGGCACGUGCUGAGGCACCUAGCUUGCAGCGGGAUCUGGCCGCCCUCUAUCAGCAUAAGUACUGCACUGAUGUUGACCUCAUCUUCCAAGGUACUUGCUUCCCAGCUCACCGGGCCAUCCUGGCUGCCCGCUGCCCCUUUUUCAAAACUCUGCUGUCAUCAUCCCCUGGCUAUGGAGCAGAGGUUCUCAUGGACAUUGAGACAGCUGGCAUUGAUGUGCCCAUGUUCUCUGCCCUACUUCACUACUUGUACACUGGGGAGUUUGGGGUGGGUGGGGCGGAGGAUACCAGGCUGCAGAACGUGGAUGUACUGGUGCAACUCAGUGAUGAGUUUGGUACACCCAACUCCCUGGAGGCUGACAUGAAGGGCCUGUUUGACUACAUGUGUUACUAUGACGCUCUGCUCAGCUUCUCGUCAGACUCUGAGAUGAUAGAAAGCUGUAAUGAGCGAGGUGCUGGGGCUGCAGCACUAACAGUGGGCUCUGGGGGCCCUGGGACCCCAGAUGAGGACCUUAGGGCUCACAAAGCGAUCCUCUCGGCACGUUCUCCUUUCUUUAGGAACCUUUUGCAAAGGCGCAUUCGCACAGGAGAGGAAAUGACAGAGCGCACAUUACAGACACCCACCCGCAUCGUGCUGGACGAGUCUAUCAUCCCACGGAAAUAUGUACAAGUUAUUCUCCACUGCAUGUACACAGAUGUGGUGGAGCUUGGGCUGGUGCUGCGGGGCAGUCCCUCAGCGGGCAGCCUCGGCGAGGUGCAAGCACUGGUGUCCGGGGGCCGUGGAGCUAGUACACGCACGGAGGAGGCCAUGGAGCUCUACCACAUCGCUCUGUUCUUGGAGUUCAGUAUGCUGGCUCAAGGCUGUGAGGACAUCGUUGUGGAAAGCCUGUCUCUAGACUCACUCGUUCCCAUCCUAAAGUGGAGCUCCCAACCAUAUGGCUCCAAGUGGGUCCAUAGACAGGCCAUGCACUUCCUCUGCGAGGAAUUCAGCCAAGUUGUCACCUCAGAUGUUCUCUACGAGCUUGGCAAGGAGCACCUUAUCUGCGCAAUUCAGUCUGACUAUUUACAGGCGAGUGAACAGGACAUUCUCAAGUAUGUUGUGAAGUGGGGCGAGCAGCAGCUUAUUAAGAGGAUGGCAGACAGGGAGCCCAACCUGUUGAGCGGCACAGCACACAGUGUAAACAAGAGGGGAGUAAAAAGGAGAGACCUGGAUGUGGAAGAGCUAAAGGAGAUCCUCUCGCCCCUCCUGCCCUUCAUCCGAACUGAGCACAUUUUACCUCCCAACAGUGAUGUCCUCGCUGACGCGCUUAAACGGGGUUUGAUAAGUACCCCUCCUUCAGACAUGCUGCCCACAGCUGAGGGGGGAAAAGCCAAUGCCUGGUUACGGCAGAAGAGCGCUGGAAUCUAUGUGCGUCCCCGCCUCUUCUCUCCUUAUGUGGAGGAGGCUAAGUCUGUGCUUGAUGAAAUGAUGGUGGAGCAGACAGACCUGGUGCGUUUGCGAUUAGUGCGCAUGUCCAACGUCCCAGACACGCUCUACAUGGUCAACAACGCAGUGCCUCAGUGCUGUCACAUGAUCAACCACCAGCAAAUGGCAAGCAAUGCAACCACAGCUCCAUCGGUUGUGGCUAAUGAAAUUCCAGUGCCCCAGCUGUCUGUGGUAAAGGAGAUGAUCCGGCGGCUGCAGGAACUGAGACUCACAGAGCAGGUCCAGAGAGCUUAUGCCCUCAACUGUGGUGAAGGAGCCACCGUCAGCUAUGAGCUGCAGCUCCGGGUGCUGAGGGAGUUCAGUCUGGCAGACGGAGCCACUGAGCUACUGCAGAAUCCGUACAAGUUCUUCCCUGAUGAACGGUUUGGAGAUGAGAGUCCAAUUCUGGCUCUGCGCCAGGUGGGUCGGUGUCGGGUAAACAGCAGCCCAGCCAUGGAUAGCAUGUUCACAGAGCUGGAAGGGGUAGUGGGCUUCCACCCUCCCCUACCUCCUCCACCUCCUCCAUACCACCCCCCUGCCACACCCAGCCAUGCUCAGCUCAAAGGUGCCUGGCGUCCUCGUGUGCCCAUGCCAACCCCUACCCGUUCCUUCUCCUAUCCCUGCAACCGCACCCUGAUUCUGCGCCAUGCAGCCGCUAAACAUGGCAGCUCAGACUACUCCUCUGUGCCCAGGCCUCAACCCCCAGACUGCACCAACCCGCAGGCUAUGGGCCGAGCUUUUCUUUCAGACCAGCAAGCGAUGAGCAUGGAGCCUGUUAUGAGGGAGUUCAUGCCUGACAUUGCACUGGGAGUCUCGGUCAUGUCCCUGAGGGACCAGCACAUGGCAGAGAUGGACAGGGAAAGCCCUCACAGCCCAAUGGGCCCCUCGGGCCACCAUCUGCCCCAUGCACCCUGCCCUUCUGCCCGCCAUAGCCAUGGUCACGGCCCUGGACAUGGCCACUCCUGCAAGAGACAUGCUCCUGAACCCAAACUGGAGGCUCAAGCCGAGUUCCCUGAUCUGUAUGACUUCUCCUGCCGACCUGCAUCCCCAACCUCGACUCACCCUCUGCCCUCCUUUGCAGGACCUGACCUCUACAGCCACAGCUGCACCCCCUCCAGCGCUUAUCCUCCCCCUUACAUUUCUGACUCUCAGUCCCAAGGCCGCUCACAGGGACGGACUGCCCCAGACCCGCUACGCCUGGAUGUCCUCAGUAUGACCUCUCAGAGGCACGAUGGAGUCCUUGCAAGCCCCUCUGGGGCGCAGCCUAGGAUGGGCCACAUCCAAAGGGGGCGAUCAAAUGAGACAGACCUGACUCAUGGCUUGGGCCAUUUACGGUCUCCUAGUGGGAAUAUGGACAGCUAUGAGGAGAGGCACACAGGACCUAGAGAUGCCCCAGAAGAGAUGGUUCUAGCUGGAGAAUCAUUUGGCCCGGGCUCCCUCCAGCAGCCUCACAGGAACAGUGUCAGCGAAGAGAUCGCCAGAGACCGCAGGUCACCCAGCAAGCCUGACUACCCUUACAAGAAAUCUGCACUUUAACCCCACUUUAGGACCAGGGGUUGAGUUAAGAAAAGGGAAAUUAAGUGGCUGUCCAUCACAAUGGAUGGCAUAGCACUAAAUGUGUGCCUGCGUGUGUGUCUGUGUGUCUGUGUGUGUCUGAGAGGAGCAGGGGAAAGGAUGGUCGAUGGUUGCUAUUUAUAGGAUCUGUCCUUUUGUCCUACCUCUAUCACACUGUGAUAUUCAACACAGGCAGUGUAUGGAAUGAGAAAGAGCUGUAGGUUAAUUGUCAAUGCUUGUAAUCGAUCUUUGCCUAACCAGCUGGUUUGGAGGAUGACUCGGGCUUUACUAGAAUGGCUUUGUCUUGUAGAGAUGGAGGUUAGCUCUAUGCUGUGUGAGUCCUGCACAAGGAGGCCACACCACUAAAUGUAGCUCAGUUAUAAAUCAAUGGUUUAACAAAGAUUAAUUUCAAAGGCGAUUUUGUCUAAAUAAUUUUCAGCCUAGAAUGGGGUAGAUGGCACAGCAGAAUCUCAAUUUACAUAAGCCAUCAUCGGUACACAGUCUGGGGCAGAGUAUUGUGAUAAAAGCAUAUGUAAAUACGUCUGGCUAUAAUCGUUUCCUCCCAUUACAUGCAUUUCCAUUUCCUACUGUAGCAUGCCCAUAGCAACCCAUUUGACUAGUUGUCCUUUCCUGGCUCUGGUUCUGCAGUGCUGAUGAGUAAUGGGCUAAGGCUUGGUCACACAAAGCCGAAAUUGGAUCCGACAGGAAGUAGGUCAUCAGAGCUCGUCAUUGUCCUGUAACCAAGUCUGAUAAUUGUGUCAGGCUUUACCUAUUACAGCCAGUGUCUAGCUUGGAGGCAGGAGCCGGGUGUUUUAAGAGAGGGUGGAUGGGGGGCAGGAGGAUCGCAAGCAGUCCUUAUUGAGAUACAGUGGAUAAUAUAGGGGUGCCAUGGCAACUGACAUAAAGUGAUGAAAUGGACCACUGGGGUUUUGUUGGUUUUUCAGCAGAAACGGGUGUGUGCCUGGGUGUGUGUGCGCGAGGAUAACUCUGAUACACGCAGGUGUUUAGACAAUCUCAGUACUGUAUACUCCCAUCUUGAGGCAGGUCUGUUUGUACAUAUCAGAGUCCGGUGAUUUAACCAGUCUUUGGCACAGAGUGCAGUGCUCCGUGUGCUAGAGCCGCUUGUUCUGUUUAAUUCAAUAGCAUCAAGUAAUCAAAUCUAAAGCCUUAAUCAGUGCUUGGAAUAUUCAGUUUUAGCUACCUUUAUUCAGUUAACUAUGUCAUUAUAUUGCAACCCCUGUUAAUUGCUUGACUGUUCACUACAGACACAUUAAAUACCCCUUACACAAAAGCUAAAACCAUGUUUAUACAUCAGUCCUCAUCACACCACCUCACCACAAUGCAAGUACACAUAACAACCUGUUACAGCCAACAGCUGGCAUACAACCUCACAUGAGAGUAUCUUUGCACUGUAGGAGCCACCUGUUAGCUAACCUGUUCCUUCUGUUAGCUGAUGGGAAAACGAACAAAUGAAUUUCAAACAAAAGGAAUCUUGUAUUGAAGAAAAGUUUGCGAUUGCUGGCUCAUAUCUCCAAUGGAAAUUGUAUAUAAUGAGUUGAGCACCAUAUGUUCUGACGAAUUUCUUAAUGGUUUCUAUCACAUUUCAGUGGUUGUUGAAGGUUUUUACUGUAGUGGACAACACUGUGUACUUGUCUUUUGUCAUGAAAUCUCAUUAAGAAUGUGUGGUAUAAAGCAAAGAUUGUGUCUCAGAAUCUAUUUUCUUUUUAAAUGUUAUGCAUUAGGGCAGUUUGUUCAGUGUUGUGGUUUACCAUGUUUGUAGAGAUGUUUUGUUUUUCUUUCCCAUUUUCCUUUUUAAAGUAAUAGGAAUAUGUAGAGGAUCUGAAGCUAUUAGCUCUCUGCUAAACAGUGAUGAAGUUGCCAAGCAGAAAACUCAUAUUUCCAUUUAGGUUGCUUCCUGAGGAAAAAAAUGCAAAACUCCAGAUUCCUUCCCAUGUUCAUGUUGGAUAGUCGUUUUAUUUUCCAGGACAAUGUUCCAUUGACUAAAAGUUCUUGUUUUGCUUUUUGCUGUAGAGAAGUCAGUGCCUUCCCCUGCCUGUGGCUGGGCUUUUAUUGGAGAAGUGACUUUGAUGUCUAUGCAAGCUGUUUUCUACCAGCUUACCAGCCUGCAUCAGAUAGUCCUUUGAAAUCACAUGUAGCUCAUUUUGUGUACAUAGUGUUAUUUAGCACCUUUUUGAAAUUGAACCAUCUGAAAUGUGUGAUUGCUUGUGUUGUUAUAACAGGUACUUUGUACUUGUAUGACAUCAUAGAAAACAUGUUUGUAGAUUGAUAUUAAGUUACAUUUAGUUUCACCGAAUCUAUUUUUCUAUUGUCACCUCAAAAGGUGCAUAACAGUGGUCAACUUGGGCAUCCUCAAAAUAAACUGGUUUCAUAAUAUGGAAUU